CGCCGUUCCCGGCGCGUAGUCGCAGCGCCCCGUCGCUCCCGCCCCCGCCGGGAGUCCGACGUGGAAGUUGCUGGCGGACCGGACUUCCAAGGAAACCGCUUGCGAGCCGGAGCCGGAGGCCGAGGCUUGCAGAGGUGGCGGCGCCGAGGCUCGAAUAGGAGUCGCUGCCGAGGCCGGGGCCUGUCUCUAACCACCAACAAGGGCGGACAGGCGGUUCAUCAUGGGUGGCUUUUUCUCAAGUAUUUUUUCCAGUCUGUUUGGAACCCGGGAAAUGAGGAUUUUAAUUUUGGGAUUAGAUGGAGCAGGAAAAACUACAAUUUUGUACAGAUUACAGGUUGGAGAAGUCGUUACUACGAUUCCUACUAUUGGAUUUAAUGUUGAGACAGUAACAUACAAAAACCUUAAAUUCCAAGUCUGGGAUUUGGGAGGACAGACAAGUAUCAGGCCAUACUGGAGAUGUUACUAUUCAAACACAGAUGCAGUCAUUUAUGUGGUAGACAGUUGUGACCGAGACCGAAUUGGCAUUUCCAAAUCAGAGUUAGUUGCCAUGUUGGAGGAAGAAGAGCUGAGAAAAGCCAUUUUGGUGGUGUUUGCAAAUAAGCAGGACAUGGAGCAGGCCAUGACUCCCUCAGAGAUGGCAAAUUCACUUGGGUUACCUGCAUUGAAGGACCGAAAAUGGCAAAUAUUCAAAACUUCAGCAACCAAAGGCACUGGCCUUGAUGAGGCAAUGGAAUGGUUAGUUGAAACAUUAAAGAGCAGACAGUAAUUCAGCCACUUCCAUUCCUCUGAAAUGAAAACUACAUCACAUAUCCCUUUGGAAACAGUUAAGUGUGCUUCGUGCUACUAAAUGUUAAAACUCUGUGAUUGUUGGCAUAUAUUGAACUGACUGCAAUAUUUGUAAUAAAUAUAAGUAUUCGGUUGGAAGGGUAGCUUACCAUGAUUGAACCAACUGAAUGUCUGUUUUGUGUAAUGUAAAAUCCUUCCUUUCUUGUGUUAAGUAUAUAUAUUCUAUUUGUAUGGAAUUCUUAUUCAAAUAGAGUCCUAUUAAAGAAUGUAUUCUCAUUGAGGAAAAUACCCUCCUAUUUUUGAAUCAGUGGUUGCAUCUUGUUUAUAUAAACAAUAAUAAAUAUCUUAACUCAUA